CACUACCCACUGAAAGAUCCAAAGAAGAAGAGGAGCAAAAAAUGGAAGCCCUAUUUACCGAAUUCUCAUUCCUCUCAGACGAAGCGCUAAACGACAAGAGAUUCGAUCCGUCCACCAUUGAAGACCUGAUGAAGCUCUUCGAGGUCGAAUCGUACAAGGCGUGGGCCAAUCUGGAGCUCGAGAACGACGACGAGGUCGAUAAAUCGCAGAACUACAUGGACGCGGCCGAGGAUUACCUCGAUUCGGUUAUGGACAGCGCCAUGGCGGAAUUCCACCAGUUCGAGGAGGAGAUGAACAGAGUCUGCGAGGAGGAGUACGGCAGCUUGGUCGGCGCCGCCGAGAACGCUCGGAAAUUGGGGAAUAAUUUGGAGAAGGCGGCGACUUUUGCCUCCAGAAAGUACGUCGAGGCUGCCGUCAAUUCCGCCGCCGCUUCGAUGAGAUCUGCCGUCAAGGCCAUCUCUUCCCACUCCAAAAAGGUUCACCCUUCCUAGAUUUAUUUAGAUUCGGAUUUUUAGAUUCCGUCCAACCAACCCCUGUAUUUUGAUUUUAGUGUUACUCUCUCUCUCUCUCUCUCUCUCUCUCUCUCUCUCUCUCUCUCUCUCUAAAUGUUAUAUAUAUAUGAUACUAUGUUUAGACAUGUUUCAGAUUUUAAUAAAUGAAUACAAUUUCGAAGAUUGAGUAAAGUUUCGGAAUCAGUCUUGCUAUUUCAGUUGCUGUUGAUCUUUGCUUAAUUUGUGACUUACCUGGCUUGUGAAAUUGAGAUCCCUUCGGAAGUUAGCCGUAAGUGGAAUUUGUUGAUCUGACGAAGACGAAUAUAAUCGAAUCGAUUCAA